CAACUUUUUGCACACUUCUCCUUCUAGCAGAAGCCUGACAGAAGAAGAACCUGAAAGAUGGCUGAAAGCCAGAAGAAAGGAGGAGGCUUUAAAAAAUUAUUUAGGUUUAAAGGAUUUGGGAGCUUGAGUAGCAUUCCACGGACGUUCACCUUGCGGCGUGUCUCUGUUGCCCCCAGCACUCCACAGGCCCCUGGAGGGGGGCUCCUGUCCUCAAAUGGCUUCAUGGCAACCACCAUUGAAGGCACGCAGGACGACUUGAAUACUGUUCCCAAAAGCCCGUCCCCAUACGCUCGGUCAUGCGACAUGUACAGCCACAUGGGGACUAUGCCACGGGGCAGCUCCAGGAAGUCGAAGGCUAAGGCCAAAGACAAAGGCACGCCCAAGGAGAAGGAUCAAGAUGCAGGGUCACAAAUUGGCCUGGCACCUUCUCCCCACAAAAACUCUCCUUUCGUAGCUAAGGAAGCAAAGCAGAAGCAAAAAUUGCCUCCAUCCAAAGCGGACCACAGUCAGGCCCACACCCAAUAUGUGAGGCCCACCACCAUGGUCAACUCCUCAAACUCUUUUCCAGAGCACAGCCAAGCUUCUGCUGAAGGACUCCCAAAGGAAACAGUGAGGAGAAAGGAGGACUUUCUUCAGGUGCCUGGGAAGUCCUCCCCCAAGAGAGCGCAGGACGACUUGAAUCCUGCACCCAAAAGCCCAUCGCCACAUGCCCGCUCAUGCGAUAUGUCCAGCCACGUGGGGACCAUUCCACGAAGCAGUUCUGGAAAGUUGAGGGGAAAGGCCAAAGGCAAAGGGGCCCCUCAGGAGGCUGAGCCAACCACCGCCCCAGAGCCCAGCUUGAUAGCUGUGGCACCUUCUCCCAGAAAAGAUACCCCUAUGAUAGCUGAGGACGCAGAGCAGAAAGCAAAAAUGCCCCCAUCUGAACCCAAACACAGCCAGGCCUGCUCCCAAACCAUGAGGCAGGCUGUCGCGAUCAACACCUCAGACUCUCUUCCUGAGCCCAGGCAGACUUCUGAGGGACCCAAAGAGAAGACGAAGAGGAACAAGCAGGACUCUCCCCAUAUGCCCAGGAAGCUCAGCUCUGAAACUGUGCGGGACGACUUGAAUACUGUGCCAAAAAGCCCGUCCCCAUAUGCCUACUCAGGCGAUAUGCACAGCCACAUAGGGACCUUGCCAAGAGCCAACUCUGGGUGCUCAAGGAGGCAGUCCAAAGAGGAAUCAGUGAGGUGUGAGCAGGAUUCUGUUCAGGUCCCUCGAAAAGCUGCCAAUACGGAAGCUCCCAAAGAACCUAUCCUGUCUGGAGGGCGAGCGCCUGGAGAGGAAGCCCUUCGAGAACACUUAGACAAGAGGCACCAGGAUGGACUGGGGUCCGGCAGUGAAUACGUUAAGUUCUCCAAGGAGAAAUAUAUCCUUGACUCAUCACCAGAGAAGCUUCACAAAGAGUUGGAAGAGGAGCUCAAACUCAGCAGCACGGACCUCCGCAGCCACGCCUGGUAUCAUGGGCGUAUCCCCCGAGAGGUGUCUGAGAGCCUGAUUCAGAGAAACGGGGACUUCCUGAUACGCGACUCACUCACCAGCCUUGGGGAUUAUGUGCUGACCUGCCGUUGGCGGAAUGAGCCCCUCCACUUCAAGAUCAACAAGGUGAUGGUGAAGUCCAGCGAAGGCCGCACUCACAUCCAGUACCUCUUCGAGCAGGAGAGCUUUGACAAUGUGCCAGCCUUGGUGCGCUUCUACGUGGGCAACCGCAAGCCAAUCUCUGAGCAAAGCGGGGCCAUCUUCUACUGCCCCAUCAACCGCACUUUCCCGUUGCGCUACUUGGAGGCCAGCUAUGGACUUGCCAAUGGGAAGCACAGCGGCUCGCACAGCCACUCCAGCCAGAAAGGGGGGCACAUCAAAAGGAGGAGCAUUACCAUGACUGACGGAUUGACGGCUGACAAGAUCACAAGGGGUGAUGGGUGCCCAACUAGCGUCUCCUUGCCACAUCACCGAGACAUCAUCCGGAAUUGUGCGGUCAGUGUGGAUCAAAUCCAAGAUCUCCACUCUUCAAUGUCUCCCAUCUCUGAGAGCCCUGCAACUGCAGCCUACAGCACAGUUACUCGGCUAAAACCACAGACUGGCCAAGCUGGCAGUGGCAUAACCCCGUCAUCCCCUGUCAUAAGACGCUCCAGUGAACCACAGCUGUGCCAAGGAAAUGGUAGCAAGGCUGACCAGUCCGACAGCCCGCACUCGACCCCUUCCCAUGGCUACUCAAGGGCCUCCCCUUCUCCCUCGGUCAGCAGCUAUAGCGAUCCGGACACAGGACAUUACUGCCAGCUCCACCCUCCUUCCCCAGUUCAGUGGGACAGGCCAACUGCAGAGGGCAAACAGAUGCCAGCCAAGAGCUACGUCGAGAGGCUAAAAGGGGACGAGGGCCAGAGAGGGCUUGCUCUGAAUGGCUCUGACGUGGAGGUGGGGCCCAGGAAGAGGCUGGAUCUGAACAGUGUGGGCUUUGUUGUCCCUGUUGUGGAAAGGACCUCCUCCUUCAACCCAGCUAUCUUCCAGUCGCUCCUUAUCCCUCUGGAAAACAAGCCCCUGGAGAUGGCAGUGCUCAAGAAGGUCAAGGAACUCCUAGCAGAAGUGGACGCCAAGACUCUGGCCAAACAUAUCACCCAAGUGGAUUGCCUGGUUGCUAGGAUACUGGGCGUUACCAAGGAGAUGCAGAGGCUCAUGGGAGUGAGCUCAGGGAUGGAGCUACUCACCCUGCCCCACGGACAUCAACUUCGGCUUGAUUUGUUGGAAAGGUUCCAUACCAUGACCAUAAUGAUUGCUGUGGAUAUUCUGGGCUGCACAGGAAGCAUGGAAGAGAGGGCUUCCCUUCUUCACAAGACCAUCCAGCUGGCUGCUGAGCUGAAGAGUACCAUGGGCAACAUGUUCAGUUUUGCUGCUGUGAUGGAUGCCCUUGAAAUGACCCAGAUCUCACGUCUGGAGCAGACCUGGAUGGUUCUACGCCAGCGUCACACGGAGGGAGCUAUUCUCUAUGAGAAGAAGCUGAAGCCUUUCCUCAAAAGCCUGAACGAAGGCAAAGAAGGCCCCCCAUUGUCCAACACUACCUUCCCACACAUAGUGCCCCUCAUCACACUUCUGGAACGGGACGCAGCAGUUCCAGAAAACCCCGAGCCCUGGGAAAACUUGGACAAUGGUGUGGAGGUAGUCAUGGCCCACCUGGAAGCAGCACGAAUGGUGGCUCAUCAUGGCGGACUAUACCACACCAACGCAGAGAUGAAGCUGCAGGGCUUCCAGCCUCAGCCAGAGCUGCUUGAGAUCUUCAGCACAGAGUUCCAGCUGCGCCUCCUGUGGGGCAGCCGAGGGGCCGAGAGCAGCCAGAGUGAGCGCUACGAGAAGUUCAACAAGGUUCUAACAGCAUUGUCCCACAAACUGGAACCGGCAGUACGAUCUAGUGAGCUGUAGCCCAACUAUGUGAGCUCUGGGCACGAACAGCAAGGGAAGAGCAGGGUGCAGAGAGCUGCUAGCACAUUCCUCUCUGCAUCAGCCUUGGUAGGAUGUUGCCAUUGUGGGAAGUACAUCUCAGGCUGGGCAUGGGGAAGCCCCAUGGUUAGUUUCUGCCCAUAAAAACAUCUUAAGAACAAAGUAGCCAAGCCAGAAGUUGGCUGUAGUAAAAUGGGCCUUUUCCUGCAUGAGUUACUGACAAUCAACAUACGAUCUGUACAGGGCUGGCUUCCUCCUUUUAAAGGCUGGCAGUGACAUGGCUCCUCUCACCUACCACAGGCGCCUUUUCAAGCAAUGUAUGAAGGAUGCUUUGCUCAGAUUGGUUUAAUAGCCAGUUGGUAAAUAGCAUUUAAGGCCUAUAGCGCGGUUCAUGGUUGGUUCAAAAACUCAACAGUAUGAGGUAGAACCUUGCAUCAACUUGCACCUGGUCAAAACGGACCUUUACACCUCACAAUUGUAUUUGAGUCCAGAGCAGAAAUCUGGUCCCCUUGCUACCUUGCUGUUGAAGUAUAAUCUAGAAUGGCCAGUCUCUCGUCAGCUCUUUGUUUUGUCCUCCAUCAAAAUUAAUGAGGGCAAAAAGGCCCCUGGCAUAUCCAGUCAGUGCUGACUCCCUAUUUUGAAUGUUCACAGCUGUUCCUGGGUCCAGUAAGUUAAGCACGGGGUUUCUUCAAGGCCACAACUCCAGGUAUUUAGCAAAUAAGGGCCUUAGGGGUUUUUAAUUACACAUAAUGAGGAACACAUGGCUGCUGCUGACCAUCAUCCCGCCCACCACUCUCCAAUAUUUGAUAAAGGCAACUAGUGAUACGUCCUUACGUUCAGCAUUCCUCAUAAUGUGUAGACAGACCCUCACAUAUGCCUCUCUCCCCUGAAGUUUAUAAUAUGCCUGAGUCCCCAUUUCCACCUUUUAACAUCUUAAAAUUUUGUUCUCUUUGGCUUUGCUUCAGGGUUUGUUUGUUUCGGGGCCUUUUUCUGCUUGUAAAUAAAAAGAUCCACGUUGGGAGUGUGAGUGUGUGUAUGUGUGUAUUUGUACUCAAAAGGGACAUCUUGUAAAUAAUUACUUGCCUCUUUAUUUUUUUCCCCUUGUAAAUUAAUGUACAUAUAUCAUGGAGUGUCUUCUCUUGAUUUUUGCAUACAAUAAACUUUUAUGCUUUUUUUCUUCAAGAAAUGUUCUUUGGUAGA